AUGGAAACCCCCGACGUGGACAUGGCGUCUGAGACGGCGGAUCUGCGGCAGGUGCUACUGGAGCUGGAGGACCGGGUGAAGCAAACCGCCGGUGUGAUGCGGCGACUGGGCGCCCUCCUUCCAGAGGAAGACCUCAGCAACAGCGGCGGUGCUGGCAACGGCGGCGGCAACGUGAAACCCGAUCCCACCGCCUCCAUCGCGGAGGCCGUUGUAACGCCGCUGGCGGAGCUGCAAAAGUACGUGGAUGCCUGCGACACACUCAUCCACGACCGCCUGGCGCAGUUGCGUCGCCGCGUGGACCUCGCCGUGGACGUGUCCAAAUUGUAUCAAAAGAUGUUUCCCGAGCACCACGAGCGCGUCUGUGCGGCAGCAGCGGCGAAUGCUCCCGGGGGUCUCCCGACGGCGGAGAAUUCCACACCGGUUGGGGGCCACAUUUGCUACGAGGACGUGCGACAGUAUUUGUCACGAUUUGUCCGCUGGGACCCAAUGGAGCUCGAUCGUGUUGCCAACACGACGUCGGUGGUGUCAGGUGAGGCGCACUGUCGGGCCGCUUCCUCGAAGUGUGCGGGCUGCGACGGCGACGAGCGGUGGUCUUCGUUGUUUCCGAAUUCACAGUCGCCAUCCACACGCCCCGAUGGCGCCCCCUCGGCGGGGCCAAGCUACGCACACUUAACAUUGAAGCGAAGCCUGAAUGCGGUGGUGAAUGACCUGCUGCUUCGACAGCUGCAGUACGAUGGCGUCCCGCUGACUACCGCAAUGGAGAUGGAGCUAGGCUGUUACGAUCGAAUAACCGUCGGGGCGAAUGUAAACUCCUCCGCUGAAGUCACAUCGUCUGACGUGAUCAUUCCGCAAGAGCUUCGUCGUGGCCUUUUGCAUCCCCCUGCUGAGGCUGAUGAUACGGGGGAUUUAUUUCAGCUUGUGCAAAACACAUACCCGCAAACGGUGCAGUGGAUUUUACGAGUCGCGAGCCUUUGCAGUAACUGUGCCUCGAAUCACCUUUGGACGUUGGGGGUUGGUGAGCCGGUGACAAGGACCUCGCCAAGGGCUGACGCCGCGACCUCACUGCGGCGCCCAGGCGACGAGAGAGGGAGGAGUGAGGGGUUUGCAGAGUUCUCGCUCUUUACGGAGCUGGGGUUAGUGGACAUUCCUCCCCGGGAACCAGAGGCGGAGGUGGCGAACGAGGAGGCGGAGGCGGAGUCGGCCGAGUACAGUCUUCAGCGUCCACACAGCGGGCGCGAAGGCCGGAUGGCGGCGCAGCUUCUGUCUAUGUUUGCGGGGACGUGGGAAGCCGUGCCGGCGGUCGAGGAGGAGUAUGGGGUGAGCAGGCUAUGGGCAGAGCAACUACUCGGGACCGGUCAAGGCGACGGAGCGGCGGAACGGCUGCGUGCGGCGUCCGGCUCCCCUCUGGAAGGGGUUAGAUGGGGCACGGAGGAUGAAGAGGAAGAGGAACACGAGCAGCAAACCGAGGAAGAGCGGGAAGAGGAAGAGGAGGAGGAGGAGGAAGAAGAAGAGGAGGAGGAAGAGGAAGGGGAGGAGGAGGAGGAGGAGGAAGAAGUUGAGGUGGGCGUGGUGAUGUACCCGGAGAGAUCCACCGCCGCACCUCGCCCCCUGCGGCAGCAGCAGCAGCAGCAGCAGAGAGGGGUGGAACUGCAAAAUGGUGGGGACGGUGCCGCGGCGAACCCUAGGGAGGCGGGAAACGUGCAACUUCUGGCUGCCGCAACACAGCAGGCCAAAAUACUUUUAUCUGACCUCGUCAUCAUUUGUGCACUGCAGCGCUUGUCUAAAAUGGUUACGGGCGGGGAGGAGGCAUCGAUCAGCGUGAAGCUGCAGCGCGCGGUUGAGUUUGUCCUCACCUUUCGAAGGCAUCCGCUUGUGGGGUGGCGCAUGGCGUUUGAGCAGGAGUUUCAACGGGCAAACGCCGACGAAAAAAAGAAGGGCACCAAAGCACAAAUGGACAAGAUGGAAUCCCCAUCACUUUUGCUCACGGUUCAUCACAUUUUUGCCGCGUUAGGUUAUAUGCCGCUUCUCUUGCACGAGUACGAACGACGGAGGCGGCAUCAGCAGCAGCUCCGCGGCAACGAUAAUGAGGAGGCGAAGGAUGACCUCCCGGCCCACGCACAGUCCGCCCAGGAGCACUUGCUCUCAUGUGUUGCACCGUUUCUGCACCUCUGGGGUGGGCGCCGGUGUCACGGUUUGGACGCCUUUGUGUCUUCUGGCCUCCCCUACGACGCGGGGGACGAGGAAGGUACUCCGCAGCGCUCGCCAGUGCUACCCAUAUGCACGACGCCGUAUGUCUGGCAAGAAUGUGUGCUUACUGACCUGCUAGACCAGGUCUACAAGCUGCGUCAGCUCGAGAUGUUGAUGGCACCAACUACAGCGACGCCCGCCGUCCCUGCUGCUGCUGCUGCUGCGGCUGCUUCUGAGGCCAAUACGCCACACCCAGAAAAUCUAUUGUAUCGUCUCGUCUAUCCCUUGAGCACGCUUAUGCUAAGCCGUCUCGACGACUACUGCGAAAAGGGCCUUGUCGGCGGCUUUGAAGAGGAGCCGCCGCCGCAACAACAGCAACAGCAACAGCUGCCAAUGACUUCGCCGCCGCUGCCCCCGUUUCAACCAGCGCCACAGCAGCAGCAGCCUCGUAGCGCCCCCGCGGAGAGUGCGCGCGCGCAUACUGUGAAUGCACUUCGGGUUCUCUUCCCCGGUUUUGUUAGCUCCAGGGGUCGGAGUCGUCCUGCGGCCGACGAGUCCUCCGGUGGCGGCAACAGCAGUGGCGUUGAUGGUGGUGGCGGUAGUAGUAGCAGCAAUAACGUCUCCUCCACACAGCGGCAAUCGGUGCCGCGCCCGCAAGGUCGGCGUCAGCACGCAAUCACACUGGAGCUUCCCCACGCCACCACAGUUUUGCUACACCAGGAUGAAUUGCGGCGUCGCGCGACGCCCUCGCUGCUCUCGCCGCAGAAACCCAUCUGCCUUCACUCGGCGAACCCCACGCUAUUUAUGGAAUCUUUUCUCCGCUGGCAGCCGUUAUUCCAAAAGAGCAUGUGCUACUGCCCAGUAACGCGCCGUCGCUGCCUCGACACACUUCUCUUUGACGUCAACCCGGAGAGACCUCAAGACGUGCUGUCGGCGUCGAGCAAUCGUCCGGCCCUCAAUGUUGCGCUGUUGCUCAAUUGCGGGCAUGUCAUUUCUAACCGGGCCAUAAUGUCUUUGCUGGAGCGGCCACAGCGCCACUCACGGACCCAAGCGACGAGCGCACGCUGCCCCUACUGCACCGCUGACACCCCAUUGGAUCAGCUGAUGAUAUUGCGCUGCAUGUACUGA